AAGCUCUUUCGUGGGAGUUUAUGUUGCUGGAAAGAUUUCUGAAGUUGACAUUUAAAAUGGGUAAGGGUUAUGGUUACGGUUAGGGUAUGGACAUCCCAAGUAUCCCCGAUAGCUCUGACCAUACGAUCAACCCACACAACCCCCCCCCUUGAUGACAGCCCUUGACGCACCCUACCAGACAGCGGAAGUAUUGAGUUUAGCAAACUCGUAAAGAUGUCCGGCCAGGAUGACCCAGUUCAAAGAGAAAUUCAUCAGGAUUGGGCGAAUCGCGAGUAUAUAGAAGUGAUCACGAGUAGCAUCAAGAAGAUUGCCGAUUUCCUAAAUUCAUUUGAUAUGUCCUGUCGGUCCCGGUUAGCCACUCUUAAUGAGAAGCUAACUGCCUUGGAGCGGAGGAUUGAAUACAUUGAGGCAAGGGUUACUAAAGGUGAAACCCUGACCUAGACCUCUGGAUGACUGCUGAAACAUGAAUACACCACUUUUCCUAAUUUUCUGUUAAUUAUUUUAUACGUACUUACUGUAUAGUUUACAUUUGGCUUAGCCUAAACAUCAGACUUUUACCAUGGUUACUCCAUGGAUAUCAGCCUGAAAGAAGUUGCUGUUAAAAAGAUGCAAUAUUCUCUACAAAGCAGAAUGUUUACUAAAAUGAUAUUUACACUUACUCUACCAGUUGUACAUGCUGUUGGUCCUUUUGGCAGUAGGUGGAGAUAGGGUAUCCACCGGAAAUUGUUGUUUACCUGACUUUUUGUGGCGCCAGUAGGUUCUGUCGCUUGUGUUUUCAAUCUAUUGACGCAUUGCAUGUGAUGCACAAUAUGUAGACAAUAGCCGAAUAUAGUCAACCAAAGAACAUUUCCUCGCAAUCAGCUGGAAGUGUUUGCCGUUCGGUUAGGCUCAGCCAUAUUGUGUAAGUGUUUGUCAAGUGCGAAUUACAUCUGUAUUGAAAAUAAAAUACAAACGAUAUACACAUUAGCGUACUGAAGGUCGGGUUGAUAACACUUACCUGUGGAUAUUUUGUAUCCGAUUACCUCUGACAUAGGGAUACAAUUUGUGGGCAACAGGUAAAGUAAGCUGAAAUUAAGUUUGUUCAACAUUCUGACUUGUAAUGAGACUGUUUAGGAAUAAUGAGCCUACAUAUUAGUGACACGUGUGUAAGUAUUUCACUGAUUCUACGAAGAGGCUACAUUUGGCUCAAUUUGUUUUGGACCUUUUUUGUUUGAUUCUGAACAUAUACCUGACUAUUUUGUGUGUUAACAGUUUUAAACUCCAUACUAAAUUCAUGAAGGCUAUUUCAUCCAAUUUCGAUGGUUCAAGCAUUGAGUAUUAUGCGCACUCAAUGGUAGAGUGGAGAAGGACAAGCUUAUCACUCAAGAAAUCACUGUACAACUGCAUUCUUGCUUUGUUUAUCUUGCCAAGUGAAUGUCUAAGCAUACAUCCACCUGUGUUUGAAACAUUUGUACAGUUGAUGUACCUGCUGUGAAUCAUGAAUGACAAAAUCAAGGUUUUGAGAGGCUUAUGUACCCAAGUGCCAAGUUGACACUGUUGCUGUUUGUGUGUAUUUAUUAAUCUUCUAUUACUAUCUCAUGGUCAUGUUUGUACAGUACAUAGUGACAAUUGUUUUAUGGCAAAAAAUAAACUAACAUUGAAAGUGCA